GGGAGGUGAUGGCAUACUGGGCGUUGCCAUCGUGUCCGGCCGACCAUAGGUUUUGAACGGUUUUGAACUUUGUUGGACGAUUGAUCGCGGCGCCAUGACGGGAACCCCAUACUGAAAAGGUCCCGUUUCAUCUGUGUAAAUGUUUGAUGUUCCAAGGUUCAGGAUCAGAAGCGGCGAGGAAGGCUCAAGGGAAAUGCCCGGCCUGUCCUAACGACACGUCUAAUGGAGGAGAGUGCCUCCCUCCAUCUUCUUCGGCUUUGCUUCACCAGGCGGUCAUUGUGGAGGAUGGCACUCUCGGCUGCAGAUACUGGAAGCAGGAGGUCAGGUGCCUGUUCAAGGAGAACGUCCUCCUCCUUUCCUUGCUGCCCCCAUUAUCCUCCCUCCCCAUCCCUACCUCCCCUCCAAAUGCUUAUACUUCGGUUUCCCCUGCCUUCCUGUUCAUGUUCCCGCUCUUCCUCUUGCCUGCCCGCCCACUCGCGAGGAAGACAUGAACUACUACACGCUCCUGGGGGUGAAGCCGGAUGCAAGCGACAAGGCCAUCAAGAAGGCCUACCGCGAGAUGUCCGUCAAGUACCACCCGGACAAGAACCCUGGGAAAAAGGCGAAGCAGCGUUUCAAACACAUCCGGGACGCGUACGAGGUGCUCACCGACACAGAGGCCCGCAUUUGUUUCGACCAAGGCGGCAUGGAGAUGGUCCAGGCCUUGAAGGGAAUCACUGGGACAGAUCAGAAGUACACUGAGGACAUGGAGUUUACUGUCAAUUUCACUCUGGCGCAGGCGUACAUCGGGGAGGUCACGGAGCUGGAGGUGGAGCGGCAAAUGGUGUGCAGAGGGUGCCUGUACGAUUGUGGAAGCGGCGUGAAAUGCAAGAGAAAGGAGUGCAAAGGGUGCAAGCAGUGCGCGCCAGAUAUCAAAAUUCAGCAGUUCCAGAGAGGCGGGCAGAUAUUCCAGGCGAGGAUGGAGCAGCCGAGCACAGACGCUUGCAGGACUGAGGUGACCAAGCUGCCCAUCCGGAUCGAAAAGGGCAUCACGCAGUACGAGAUCGUAGACUUCAAGAAUAUGGCGAGCCAGAAGCCAGACCACGUGCCCGGUAACAUCCAGGUCUUUCUCAAGGAGUUGCCCACGCCGCCGUUCACGAGGCUGGGUAGCGCGCUCGUGAUGGACGUGGAGAUCACGCUCCGCGAGGCCCUGUUAGGCUGGGAGAGGAGUAUCAAGCACAUGGACGGCCACAUUGUCCGCGUUUCGAUAUCCGACAUCACGAGGCCAGGUGACAUGAUCAUCGUCAAGGGGGAGGGCAUGCCGAUCAAGGACGUCCCCGGAGACUUUGGCGACCUCAGACUGAUAAUGAGCGUGGCGUUCCCCUCCGCCCUCACCUCCUCCGACAGGGAGGAGCUGGCGGCGAGCUCGGCUUUGGCUAGAGACACGCUGAAGCAGGAGCUUUGAACCGCUUGCUAGCUGUUAGGUGGCUUUUUCCGUACAGACUUGGGCGUCCACCCCCGUCAUCAAUCUCA